ACACAAGCCCACUUGAUAGACGACUGUCAUUCUCAUUAGUAAAUUUGGCAAAAUGCAUACAGAUUUGUCGCAACAUUUGCACUCAGAAAAGUGCAAUGAAUUGAUCCGAUUAUUGCAAGAAUGUCACAAUGAACACCCCUUUCGGAAAUUCGUCGGUUACUGUAAUUCCCUCGACCACCAAAUGACCAAAUGCCUGAAAGAAGAGAGACUUGCUCGACGCCAACGAAACUUUGAAAAAUCCAAAGAGAUGAAGGAGAAAUUGCGGAGACUACUUCGUGAGGAUAAAAACUUAGAUUAAGUAGAAUUGAAUCAAUUAAGUCAAUUGUUGUUAUUAUGUAAGAGGAAAUAAACGAAGUCACGUGUUA